AUGGGAGGGAAGAACUCCACGCAGCGCCAGGGCGCGCAGCUGCGUAAUGGAAGCGGAGGGGGCAGCACAGCGCCAGAGCGGCAGGCUCCUAGCAACAUGCCGCCGCACUUAGCGGAUCAGUACGACAAUAAUAGCAGCCGUCAGCGCAACCAGCCGCCUAGCAACGCCAACAACACCGCUCCGCCUCAGCAGAACGCCCCCCAGCCGCCGCUGCAGCAGCAGCAGCAGAAUAGGAGCGGCAACCCCAUGGGGAACACCAGUGCCAACAACAGCAACGAACGCGGCGGCGUGCAGGAGGGUCAGAUGGUCAAGAUGCUGGCCACUAUAGAGGCUUCCACGGUGAGCUAUAUGCCAGCGACGCAGGUGCUCACGUUCUACAUCACGAGCGUAUGUGAAUCACUGACCUACGAGAUCCACACAGGUGUGAAGGAGUUUGUGCAUAACGGCACUGUGUGUUAUAGGCCCAACAGGCCAAAGCUGGAGCCCGUCAAGACGGAAAUCCGUGGCCCGCAGGAAAACCGAAAAAUCACCCUGAAGCUGGACAUAAACUCGCUGGAAGAAAAGGAGAAGUCGUUCAACAAGCACUACCCAAAGCAGAUGCCGUGCGUUAUCGUGCUCCGCUACAAGACUACUGAGAUCUGCAAGAGGGACGACGGCCGCGACAACAACAACCAAACCGAGGAGGAGAUGCGUGUGGAGCAUACGGAGCACACCUCCGUUGACCUCGCGGAGAAACCGAAGCGCCGCGUCAUCAGCCAGAUUGUGACUGCAGGUGGUAACGCCUACACAGUAGAGAACCUUUACGGUGUGGACAACGACGGGGCGACGCCGGCGAGCGGCAACGGCGGUGGUGCCGUAAUGAUCGGGUCGACGAUCGAGGAUGAAGAGGAUGGACUCUGCGUGAUAUGCCUGACAAACCCGAAGGACACGGCUGUGAUGCCGUGCCGCCACAUGUGCAUGUGCAAGGACUGUGGCGAGCAGCUGUUGAGGCACAAGCCUGUGUGCCCCGUGUGCCGUGCCCCGAUUUCGACACUGCUGCAUAUGCCCUCGCUGAGCAACAAAGCCGCUGCUUCGACGGCAUAG